UACUUUCGAAACGAAACACCUGGUUUUUUCACUUUUCUCUGUUGUUGCAACCUCACGCCGACACGUUGAAGAAUUGCCAGUUUCUUUGCGGCUAAUUUAACGCAUCCUUCUUGGACUAUAGUUCUACAUCGACUCUGCAUAUCGGUUCCCCUCUAGACGCUGCUCGCAUUUUGCUGGAAUACAUGGGUAGCUCUCGCUUCGUCACGCGCCUCCUUUACGACCGCCAUUUGCAGUCUCCCGACCGAACAACUGCGAUUGCAAAGCUCUAUUAGACGACUUUCUCGAUACAUGCAUAGAAUAUAAUAUGACAAACCCUACCGGACCGGCCGAGCAGGAGCCGCGGCGUCUGUCUGAGGACGCCGUCGAGCUGGCCAUCUCCCUGACAUCCUCGCAUGGAACUCGAUCGAUGCCCGCAUCGCCAGCCCUCCAGCCGCAAGGGCUCACCGCACGACUAGGACUAGCAGGAAUGGCUAGACGAACUUUGGGCAUAUCACUGCUAUUGGUGACUGUGUUUCUAUGGACGCUGUCCAACUUCCUUGCCAGUUUCAUCUUUUCAGGCCAUAUUUACGACAAACCUUUCUUUUUAGUAUAUGUCAACUCGUCCGUUUUCGCGGUAUCCCUUCUACCCAUGUUUGUCAACUAUCUGGUGCGACGGCGCUUUCGCGGCGCAUACAGAGACGCUAUUCGAGAAUGGCACGAAUAUCGCGGCCGAUUUCCCGUCGCAAAGAACGAAGAGGAAGGCUCUGACGACGAACGUCUUCUGGUGGACGACGAAGAUGCAGUGGAGAGUGUUCGUGGAGACGAGAAGAUGGGCUUUGGCGAAACCGCCUCCCUCAGUCUUGAAUUUAGUAUGCUGUGGUUUGCAGCAAACUAUCUUGCAUCGGCCUGUUUGGAAUACACAAGCGUUGCAAGCGUCACGAUCCUCACAUCUACGAGUAGCAUAUGGACGCUCAUCUUUUGCGCCCUCUUUCGUGUAGAGACAUUUUCUCUACGAAAGCUGCUUGGUGUCCUUGCUUCGCUAGUUGGUGUUGUGCUAAUCUCCUCUGUGGACCUCAGUGGAGAGAGCGAUGACAAUCGUGGUUCUUUUCCGCACAAGUCGGCUACUCAGAUUGCCAUUGGUGACUCUAUGGCAUUUGUGAGCGCCAUUGUAUACGGUCUGUACGUCACAGUCAUGAAGAGGAAGGUGGGCGACGAGAGCAAAGUCAAUAUGCGACUCUUCUUUGGACUGGUUGGCGUGUUCAACUUAGCUCUUCUAUGGCCACUGUUUUUUGUUUUGCAUUGGACGGGCAUGGAGCCUUUUGAAAUGCCACCUACGGGUAUGGUCUGGACAGUCAUUAUUAUCAACUCUCUAGCGUCCUUUGUCAGCGACAUGUGCUGGGCUUUCGCCAUGCUUCUCACCACACCACUUGUGGUGACUGUCGGCAUAUCGCUGACAAUCCCCCUCUCUUUGAUCGGAGAGAUGAUCCAGUACAACCAAUACGCAGGCGUCAUUUACUGGGUCGGGGCAGCAAUUGUUCUUGUAUCAUUUGUAUUUGUAAAUCAAGAAAGCAGCGAUGCGGAAGAGCCAGAGACCAAGCCUGCGUCGAGCGCACAGCGACGAAGACGCUCUACAAACAGCGUCGGUACGACAGAAUUAUAGAUAAUCCUCAAUGUCAUAUAGCGCAUUGAUUUAUGCAUAUAACGUAAAAUGUUCCUUUCUGU